CACGACAAAUGAUAGAAUGGAAAACCUGGAGUUGAGCCUGACAUCUCUAGGUGCGAUCUCUAGACAUAUCGAUAAAAGUCACAACGAACUCAGCAAAUAUCUCACAAAACAGAUAUGGAGUCAGCAGGACAGGCAGUGUAUACUAGAAUGUCUUGCGAAGCUCUUGUUGGAGAAGGAGUACACCCUCCUCAUUUCUCGUCACUUGCGACCACUGAUCCUGGACCUUUUGGAGAGGAAUGCCGAAAGGAUCAAAGGAGACGUCAGACUGAAUCAUGACCUCCACGAGCGCUUGUGUGUGGCUCUAAGCAAACUUCUCAACAUCAGUCCAGAUGCUCAAGCGUUUGCAGCGAGGUAUUUUAGCAGCUCUCCUCCAGUAUUUCAGAGACUCUUCUUCACCAGUGAAGAGGCUGCUUCCAUCCAGUAUGGGCCCAGACGAAUGAAAUUACGGGACCUGAUGGGGGCCACCCUCCGCUUCCUCCAAAGCGACUGUGAGAAGUUCCGUGUCCUGUGGGACUGGAGUGCCUGUGUUUCACAGCUUCUCACCAGUGACGUCAUGGUCAGAAGCUACACUGCCCAGUGCCUUGCCCUGGUGUCCCACAUGACAGAUAACCAGAAAAUGAUAUUUUUGAGGAAGGUGCUUUCGAGUGAAGAGAUUCUGCAUCUGAAAAUGAAGUCACUCGAGGAGACACAGCUGCUGGAGGUAGAAAAGGCUCUGGUUUUGGCCAAUCAGGGCUCAGCAGUAUGGCGUAAAGAGAGGGUAAAUAAGGUCACCCGCGGUCAGGUGGUGACAGAAGACCUGACACGGAGUGUUACUGUGGUGUGUGGGGUGAUUCUACCUAGACGGACCCCUCGACAGGACGAACAGACAAGUUUAAGUAAUUUAGUGCUGGUGGAUUCAACCUGCCAAAAUCUUCGGCGACUCGCCAUGGCUGUGGCGUCCCAGAAGCCCAUUCUUUUGGAAGGGCCAAUUGGAUGUGGAAAAACUGCUCUUGUUGAAUAUCUUGCUGCUGUCACUGGGCACAUUAAAGCCCCUGACAUCCUCAAAGUUCAGCUUGGAGAUCAAACCGACAGUAAGAUGUUGCUGGGUAUGUACCGCUGCACAGAUAUACCUGGAAAGUUUGUGUGGCAGCCAGGGUCCCUGACCCAGGCAGUCUCUAAAGGUUACUGGAUUCUGCUGGAGGACAUUGAUCACGCUCCUUUAGAUGUGAUAUCUGUUCUGCUCCCUCUCAUGGAGAACAAGAAAUUGACAAUUCCAGGACGAGAGGACUGCAUUCAGAUGGCCCCAUCAUUCCAGUUUUUUGCCACACGAAGGACGUUUUACAGUGGAGGAGCCUGGCAUCGACCGCAGGGUUCACGUGCUGCACUUCUGGACAAAUACUGGAGUAAACUGCAGAUUGGCAACAUGAGCCGAGAGGAACUUAAACAAGUCCUAAUGAAGAGGUACCCUAACCUGGCAGUGGUGGUGGAGCGUCUUUUGGACAUCUACUGCCAGCUAACAGGAGACAGACAUCAAAUCAGCUCCAGUCCGCAGGGUCCUAGUGCAGCCCACAACACAUCAGAUGAACACAUCACAUCACUGGAGGGCAGAAGCCUCUCUCUGAGGGACUUGCUGAAAUGGUGUGAGAGAAUCUUCUUAAAUUUUGACAACUCUUGUGCUUCCACAGCACAAAAUGUGUUUCUAGAGGCUCUGGACUGCUUCACUGCAAUGCUCUCCAAAUCUGAGAGCAGACUCAAGAUGGCAGAGAUCAUUGGCAGCAAACUCAACAUAUCCAGAGAGAAGGCCCAGCACUUCUGCCAGAUGUACCUGCCUGCCAUCAGUGUGACAGAGCUGGAGGUGACGGUGGGCCGUGCCAUGUUACUCCGCAAGCAGAGCGACGCAGUGUGGCUAAGCAUAGGCAGACAAACAUUUGCCACCACACGGCCAUCCUCUGUACUUUUGGAGCAGCUCUCAGUGUGUGUCACUAAAGGGGAACCUGUCCUGUUGGUCGGGGAGACGGGCACAGGAAAGACCUCUACUGUACAGUACCUGGCAGAAAUGACAGGACACAAACUCCGAGUGGUCAACAUGAACCAACAGAGUGACACUGCUGACCUAUUAGGAGGGUACAAACCAGUGGACCAAAAGCUUAUCCUUUUGCCCCUCCGGGAAGCAUUUGAGGACCUCUUUUCGCAGACAUACUCUCGGAAACAGAACCUGACCUUCCUGGGUCACGUCCAGACCUGUUUCAGAGGCAAACGCUGGCAGGACCUUCUGAAGCUCAUGGACCAUGUCUGCAAAUCAGCACUAACCAAGGAACUACACGAUAAACCCAAUGCCGCCUUGCUGCAGGAGCAGUGGGAGGCUUUGGCUCUCAAACUCAGUCAGACGCAGGAACAGAUUCGGGCCUGUGAAUCCGCUUUGGUCUUUGCGUUUGUGGAGGGGACUUUAGCCCAGGCUGUGAAGAAAGGCCAAUGGAUCCUGCUGGAUGAGAUUAAUCUGGCUGCUGCAGAGACGCUGGAGUGUCUGAGUGGAUUGCUGGAGGGCAGCGCUGGGUCACUGGUGCUACUGGAUAGAGGCGACACUGAGCCUCUGGUUCGUCACCCAGACUUCCGCCUGUUUGCCUGCAUGAACCCAGCCACUGAUGUAGGCAAGAGGAACCUGCCACUGGGCAUUAGAAACCGAUUUACAGAGUUGUAUGUGGAGGAGCUGGAGAGUGAAAGUGAUUUACGAAUCCUCGUCUCUGACUAUCUCAAGGGCCUUAACCUGACCAGAGGCAUCAUCCAUGGAAUCAUCAGUUUUUAUUUAGCUGUUCGUAAGGAGGCUAACACUCGGCUAGUGGACGGUACGGGUCACAAGCCUCACUACAGCUUGCGUACACUUUGCAGAGCUCUGAAAUAUGUGGCCUCUGAUCCCUGCUACAACAUCCAACGCUCCCUCUAUGAGGGUUUCUGUCUGAGUUUUCUCACUCAGCUGGAUCGCAGCUCUCACCCUGUUGUGCAGAAACUGGUGUGUCAGUACAUACUAGGAGGAAAUGUGAAGUGUCUAAAGCAGCCAAUCCCAAAGCCAAAGGACCGUGUGUGCAUGCAGAUAGAGGACUACUGGCUGAUGCGGGGUGACAUGGAGCCUACUGUAGACUCCAGUUACAUCCUCACACCCUCCGUCAAGCUCAACCUGAAAGACCUGGCACGGGUAGUGUCUGCCGGCAUCCAUCCAGUGCUCAUUCAGGGGGAAACGUCUGUAGGAAAGACGAGUCUGAUAAAAUGGCUUUCAGCUGCCACAGGAAACCAGUGUGUGCGGAUCAAUAACCAUGAGCACACCGAUAUCCAGGAGUACAUCGGCUGCUACUCCUCUGAUGAGCAUGGCAAACUUGUCUUCAAAGAAGGUGUUCUGAUCGAUGCCAUGAGGAAAGGUUAUUGGAUCAUUCUAGAUGAAUUAAACCUUGCCCCCACUGAUGUCCUCGAGGCCCUGAAUAGAUUGCUGGAUGAUAACCGAGAGCUCUUCAUCGCCGAGACACAGGAAGUGGUCAAAGCCCACCCUAGAUUCAUGCUCUUUGCCACUCAGAAUCCUCCUGGACUUUACGGGGGCAGAAAGGUUCUGUCCCGAGCGUUUAGGAACCGUUUCGUGGAGCUGCAUUUUGAUGAGCUGCCCAGUGUAGAGCUUGAGAACAUUCUCCAUCAGCGCUGCAGUUUGCCCCCAUCCUACUGCUCCAAACUCAUCAAAGUCAUGCAGAACUUGCAGUCCUUGCGUAGAGGAUCCAGUGUGUUUGCUGGGAAACAUGGGUACAUUACCCUAAGAGACCUGUUCCGCUGGGCUGAACGCUAUAGGCUGGAAGAGCAGAAUGACACCUCACGUGAUUGGCUACAACAUUUGGCUGAUGACGGCUACAUGCUGUUGGCCGGCCGUGUCAGAAAGCCAGAGGAAGCGCUGACCAUCCAGAACAUUUUGGAGAAGCACUUUAAAAGGACUGUGAACUUAGAUGCUCUUUUCUCUGAAGCUCAGGUCACCUCUCAGUUCAGCCCUUUUGUGGACAGCAUUGCGGGUGUCCCUGAAGAGUUCGGUCAUGUGGUGUGGACCCAGGGCAUGAGGAGACUGGCUGUGCUAGUGGGACGAGCGCUUCAUUUUGGAGAGUCUGUUCUGCUUGUUGGGGACACGGGCUGUGGUAAAACCACCAUCUGCCAGCUGUUUGCUGCAUUAGUUGGUCAGAAGUUCUUCUCUGUGAACUGUCACUUGCAUAUGGAGACGUCUGACUUUCUGGGUGGCCUGCGACCUGUCCGUCACACGGGAACCCAACAGGCUGAUGCGGAGGACGGCCGUCUGUUUGAAUGGCAUGAUGGACCACUGGUGCUGGCGAUGAAACAGGACGGUGUGUUUCUAAUGGAUGAGAUCUCGCUGGCAGAUGACUCUGUGCUGGAGAGACUCAACAGCGUGUUGGAGACUGAAAAAUCAUUGGUGCUGGCAGAGAAAGGCAGCGGAGAUGAUGAUGAUGUUGAGCUGAUCAUUGCCGGGAAGAAGUUCCGGCUUGUCUCUACCAUGAACCCCGGAGGUGAUUUUGGAAAGAAAGAGCUGUCUCCAGCACUCAGGAACAGGUUCACAGAGAUUUGGUGCCCCCAGAGCAACAGUCGUAAUGAUCUAAUGCAGAUCAUCCAACACAAUCUAAGGCCUGGACUCUCUCUGGACCAGCAUGACCACCAAGGUAAAGACAUAGCAGAGCUCAUGCUGGACUUCAUCGACUGGCUGACCAAUCAGGAGUUUGGCCGGCGGUGUAUUCUAAGCGUGCGAGACAUUCUGUCAUGGGUGAACUUCAUGAACACCGUAUGUGAGCGGGACGAGGACGGCUUCAUGACCAUGGGGGAGCUGGACGAGGAGGAGCCCGAAUGGGACCUGCGAUUGGACACCGUAACAGCCUUUAUUCAUGCUGCGUGCCUUGUGUAUGUGGACGGAAUCGGCUCAGGAACCACAGUGUCGGCAGCAGAGAAUGCCCUGGUGGCACGGAAAUUGAGUAUGGAAUACCUGGAGAAGAGACUGAGCAGAAUUACAGAGCUAGAUGAGGAGAUGAGGGAUGCGCUCAGAGUCUACGACACUAAUGUCCCCCGAGAGCCCCAGUGGGGUGAAGACUUCUUCGGCAUUGACCCCUUCUACAUCGCUGCAGGUUCUGAGAGUGAGGGCAGGAGUCUGUCGCACUACGCUUUGAGUGCGGGCACCACUGCAGUGAAUGCUCAGAGGAUAUUACGGGCACUGAAGCUUCAAAGACCCAUACUUCUGGAGGGCUCACCUGGAGUGGGCAAAACCAGCCUGGUCGCUGCCCUUGCCAAGGCCUCUGGGAACCAUCUUGUCAGGAUCAACCUGUCUGAACAAACUGAUGUUACGGAUCUCUUUGGGACAGACCUGCCAGUGGAAGGUGGGAAAGGAGGAGAGUUUGCAUGGCGGGACGGUCCUCUUCUUGCUGGGCUGAAGGCUGGACAUUGGAUCGUCCUAGAUGAGCUGAAUCUGGCCUCUCAGUCAGCUGGAAGUUCUGAAGCUUGCUUUGACCAUCGUGCUGAGAUCACAUCCCUGAGCUGGGCAUGCCUUCACGUUCAGCAUGGGAAGACCAAGAUCUUGGCUGCCAAAACCCUUUCACACAGGGAGGAGGACGCAAAGCCUUCCCAAGUCUUCCUAAACAGAUUCACGCAGGUUUAUUUGGAUGCACUAACCAAUGAAGACAUGCAGUUCAUUGUGACUCCAUCUUUCCUAACAUUGAAAUGGAUCAUUUCAAAAAUGGUGCAGUUUAGUAGCGGUGAACAGUUGAACGGAAAUGGGGCAGAUAGGAGGAAUGGGAGUUUAAUCUCCGUGACCUGUUGUGGUGCAGCUGAUGCAGACCGACCAAUUGCCAGGCUUCUUCAACCUGGCCAGCAUGUUGGACUUGUGUACGCUGACCGCAUGAGGACCGAGGCAGACAAGGCCCAGGUGUUAGCAGUGUUGGAGAAGGUGUUUGGAGAAGACUUUGAACCUUAUAUGGGCUCCAGACAGUUCAAUAUCACCUUUGAACUUACAG